UGCUAAGAUAAUUUCAUUGCAAACCAUCGAAGCAAGGAAAUAGAGGUUGAGAGAGGCCAAGGGCUGGUGUAAGUAAGCGAGGAGAGAGAUGGCUCAAUUCAGGGCUGAGAAGGCAGGAAUAAACGCGGAAGUACAGCAAAAGCUCGAGCAGAUGUAUGAUGUGGAGUUGGAGCUGGAGUGUAGGAUGUGGAUGGAGGCAAUCACUGGUGAGCCAUUCCCCGAGUGCAGUCCCGAGGAACUGGACGAGAUUGAGAGAGACUUCCCUGGGAAGGAGUUCUACCUUGCUUUACACAACGGGAUCUAUUUAUGCAAGCUAAUCAAAGCACUCCACCCUCCAGCAUUACCAGGGCUACGGCUAGUCAAGCCAAGGAACCCUUUUCAAGAGAGGGAUCUAAUCGAUCACUUUCUUAAAGCUUGUUUGGAAUAUGGCGUCUCUAAGGACUGUCUCUUUGAAACUGAAGAUCUCCAUUCAGCAACAAAUAUGAACAUGGUGGUGUCAGGGAUUAUUGCUCUCGGAAGCACGGUAAGUCAACAUGUACAUGUAAUACUCUGUUAUGCAUCAUUACAUCAUCAACAUAUUAAGACAAGAUUAAGAGAGAGGGGAGUGAGUAUAAGUACAUGCAAAUAGAGUGACAUAUGAGUG